UAGCUGCAUCAACUAUCAUCAAUUCCAAACUUCCAAAAGGAAAGGAAAUGAAACUGUUCUUGGUCCUCAUAUUUUUUUUCCAUUUCCUGCAUUAUCCGCUCUUCUGCACUGCUCAAAAGGAACUCCAAGUUGGGGUGAUUCUUGAUUCAGAUUCAAUGAUAGGAAAAAUAGGGAGUAACUUCCUGUCAAUUGCACUUUCUGAUUUCUACUCACUUCAUUCCAACUACUCAACCAGGUUGAUCCUCCAUUUUAGAGACUCAAAAGAACAAACUCUCAACGCUGCGUUUUCUGGUCUGGAGUUACUGAAAGAUGUAAAGGUUGAUGCAAUAAUUGGACCUCAAAAAUCUGCACAAGCAAACUUUUUGAUGGAUCUUGGAGACAAAGCAAAAGUCCCUGUAAUCUCUUUCUCUGCAACCAGUCCUUCCCUUCGCCCUCGCUCCCCUUACUUCAUUCAAACAGGCCUAAGUGAUGAUGCUCAGGCUGGUGCCAUUGCAGCCAUAGUGGAAUCCUUCAAGUGGAGUCAGGUUGUUCUUAUAUUUGAAGACUCUGAGUUUGGCCAUGGCAUUGUUCCUUACUUGUCUAAUGCAUUCCAAGAAAUAAAUGUUCGCAUCUCCUACAAGAGCCUACUUCCUGUUUCGGCAUCAUCUGAUUUUUUGCUCAAAGAACUGUACAAGAUGAUGACAAUGCAGACAAGGGUGUUUGUGGUGCAAACAAAUACUGAUCUUGGAGCCAGGCUCUUUCUGAAAGCCAAGGAAAUUGGGAUGAUGAAUGAGGGAUAUGCUUGGAUAAUUACGCAAACACUGAUGGAUGUAAUGUAUAUGAUGGACUCGAAUGUUGUAGAAGCAAUGCAAGGGGUCUUGGGGUUAAAGCCUUUGAUUCCCAAGACUAAAACACUUGACUCAUUUGAAAUGAGGUUGAAAAGGGAACUCCUCAAUGAUAAGACUAAAAGAUUUGAUCAUCCAGUCUUUAGACAAGCAGAUUUGAGUGUUUUCGGCCUGUGGGCAUAUGACAGUUUAUGGGCAUUAGCUGAGUCUGCAGAGAAAGUAGGAAGAGGCAGAGAGGGUAAAGAAGUUCUAGACAAGAGAAUUGCAGACAGUUCAUCAGAUCCAUUUGCUGUUGGAGUCUCAGAAUCAGGUCCCGAGCUUCUGCAAGCAAUAUUGGGCACAAGAUUUGAAGGGAUUUCUGGGAAGUUUCAGCUUGCUGAUGGAAAGAGACAAGUGUCGUCAUUUCAAAUACUUAAUGUGGUAGGAAAUGUGGAAAGAGAGGUGGCAAUCUGGACACCUUCACGAGGAAUCAAUUUGAAAAUGAAUGGCACUAAUUUUUAUUCUUCAUCAAGAGAAAUCUUCAAGAGUAAGGUCCUAUGGCCAGGAGGGUCAAAUGUUGUUCCCAGGGGAUGGGAAGUCCCAGUUGCAGGUAAGAAGCUAAGAAUUGGAGUGCCAGUGAAGUCUGGUUUUACAGACUUUGUGAGAUUGGAAAGGGACAAGGAACUCAACAAAACCCAAGUUAGCGGAUACUACAUUGAUGUCUUCAAUUCUGUCAUGUCAGCGUUGCAAUAUGCUGUUCACUAUGAGUUCGUUCCCUUUGAGAAACCCGAUGGCUCAAGUGCAGGAACAUACAAUGAUCUAGUAUACCAAGUAUUCCUUCAGAACUUUGAUGCUGCAGUUGGGGAUAUAACAAUCACAGCCAACAGAUCGAAGCAUGCAGACUUCACACUGCCCUUUGCAGAAGGAGGGGUGUUGGGUAUAGUCCCAGUAGCAUACGAGGAUGUGGACAACAUAUGGACCUUUUUGAAGCCCCUAACCAAAGAACUUUGGCUAACCAGCAUAGUGUUCUUCAUUUUCACUGGCAUGGCUGUCUGGAUUCUUGAACAUAGAGUUAGCUCUGCCUUCCGAGGUCCUCCUUCUCAACACGUUGGCAUGAUCCUCUACUUUCCCUUCUCGACGCUAGUAUUUGCACAUAGAGAGAGAAUCAUGAGUAAUUUGGCCCGGCUUGUUGUGGUGGUUUGGAUGUUUGUUGUGCUCAUUCUGAACUCAACUUAUACAGCCAGCUUGUCAUCAAGUUUAACAGUACAACGUCUUAAACCAGCCAUCAAAGAUGUGAACCAACUAAUCAAGAAUGGAGACUUUGUUGGCUGUCAAGAAGGCUCUUUCCUUACAGACCUCUUGAAGGAAAAAGGAUUUCAAGAAUCCAAGAUCAAGACAUAUAAAAAUCCAGAAGAUGUGCAUGAUGCAUUGUCUAGGGGAAGCAAAAGAGGCGGGAUAUCAGCGUUUUUUGAUGUGGCUCCUUAUUGCAAGCUCUUCCUAUCCAAAUACUGCAGCAAAUACACCAUUGGGCCUACUUACCGCACUGAUGGAUUCGCUUUUGUUUUCCCUAGAGGGUCUCCACUAGUUGCAGAUGUAUCAAGGGCAGUGAUUCAGCUGACAGAAAAUGGAAAGAUUUUGGAGAUUGGGAAUCAAGGUCUCAUAAAUGAUGCAGCAUGUACAGGCCCGGACAGCAGACUGGGCUCAAUAAGUGUGACAUUACAGUGUUUCAGUGGACUUUUUGCCAUCACUGGGGGCAUAACAGGAUCCUGCCUCCUAGUUUUCCUAGUCAGCUAUGUCUACCAGAACAAAACAUGUCUGCAGACAAUCUUGGAUUCUCAAACUACUGUUUGGUCAAAGAUUGUAGCAAUAUGCAGACAUUUUGAUCAAAGAGACACCUCUGGUGAUCCCAAAGACAAAAUCCCAGAUGCAGAAGGUGGUGAAGUUGGUUCUUCAUCACAUGAACUAUCAAGAAUUUCUUCUAAUUCCAGUGCUCUAGUGCCCUUGAAUAUGGAAGAACAGAACAGUGGCAAUGUGAGCAUGGGCUUGAACCUAGGGUCAGUUGCUCGACAUGCAUCAAUAUGACUCUUUUACUUCAUCUUAUUUUGUUAUAUAGUUUCUUUUUAGACACAAAAAGGGAAAGUGAAAUCACCGUAUAUACUUUAGAUCAAGAAAAACCUUGCAUCGUCACAAUUACAAUGUCAAAUGACGAUACAAUAGGUUACAUUCUUGUAAAGUUUUUUUCUUUUUAACAAGUUAUUUAGAUAU